AUGGAAUACAAAAAGGGAUUAGUGUUAGAUGUGAAAACAAGAUGGAACUCUAUUUACUUGAUGUUGGAUGCAGCGGAAAAAUAUGAAAAGGUCUUUAUAAGGCUAGGACGGUCAGAUAAAUCAUUUCGUGAGAGAUUUAUCUUCGAUAUUCCCGAUGAACCAGUAAUGGGUGAUAAUGUUGAUGAUAUUGACAGUACAGAUAUUCCCGAUAAAUUAGAAUCCAGUUCUUCUGAUUCUGAUGCUCCUGAAGAACCCUUAUCUGGUCGAAGAAAAGCCAAGAAGAAAAAGCCUCGCGUGCAUGCUCCUGAAAAGUAUGACUGGGCUAAUGCUCGAGUCCUAGUUCAGUUUCUACAGGUAUUUUUUGAAGCCACUGUAGAGAUUUAUGGUUCUACGUAUGUCACUUCGCAUACAUUUUUGGAGGAAAUUUGUGAUGUACGUGGAGAGUUAAAUGAAUGGAAAAAAGCUCAUUAUGAUCCUCACUUAAGCCAUAUGGGUGAGAAGAUGUUUCUUAAAUACGACAAGUAUUGGGGUGAGUAUAAGAACAUGAAUCCUUUAUUUUUUAUUGCGGUGCUUCUUGAUCCAAGAGAAAAAGAACGUGGACUGCAAGUAAUACUAGAAGACUUGAUUAUGCAUGAUAUUCCUUGGAUGAAACAAAGAUUGGUAAAAAAUUGGUUAGAUAAAGUGAAAGAGGAUUUUAAUGAAUUAUUUACAGCUUAUAAGGCAGAAUAUGCAGUUGUAGGAAGUGUGUUAGCCUCGUCAGAAUCUGUAGGUGAAAUUGGUGGUAGUCCUAGUCAAGCGAUCUCUAGUUCUAGUUCUACGUUACAUAGAAAGAGAAGAUAUAAGGACCAUAGAGAAGAACGUAAAACCCAGUUGUCUACAAUGGAGGAUUUUGACAAAUCCGAGGUGGAAAGAUACUUAUCGGAGCAGAUUUACUCACCAACAAAAGACAAGAAAGAAGGUUCAAAGUUUGAUAUAUUGACUUGGUGGAAAAGCAAUGCUGCAAGAUUUGAUAUUCUGUCACUUAUAGCAAGAGACAUACUUGUUAUUCCCGUCUCUUCAGUUGCAAGUGAAUCCGCUUUCAGUACUGGAAAGCGAAUACUUGGUCAUUUCCGAAGUUCUUUAAGACCCGAACUGUGGAAGCAUUGA